CAAAGUGAUAGUCACGAACGAUGCGUCGAAUGCGUAAACACUUGAAGAAAUAGUCGUGGAAUUUCUCAUUAUACAACUCUGCCACGCGAGAAAAACCAAGAGAUGAGCGCUUUCGUCGACAGCAUUCAGGACGAGAAAACGCCGAGUGUCGUAAGUGAUGCGAGAUUAAAUGCGAGUACCUCGCUCAGCGAUAUGGGGGAAGACGUGAAAGGUAGCAAAUUCAACAAGUCAACUCAGAGCGAUAGCUCGUGGAGGCUCCCGGCUUGCGGUGGACAGAGAUCUAGGCCGAUGUCCCUGGCGUAUCUGCCUACGAAGAUUCCGAAACAGAUGAGCGAAUUGAGCUUCUCCACGCAUAGUUCCAGAAGCAUGUUAUAUCCUGUUCAGAGCGAGCUAGUUUUAUCAUCUAGAAAUAGGCACAAUAACAAUAGAUAUGUAUCUCUGGACAUGAGAUCAAUCAAUAAUCUUCCGUAUUCUAGUCCGCACUCCAACAGCUACAUUUUAGGCAAUAGUACACCGCCGUACACGUGUUGCUGUACAUGUGCAGGCUCGCAGAUUCCGCCGUCAUCCACACCAUUCUCACAGAAUGAAACUGACGAUCAGGAUGGGCCUGAGAACCUCUCGUGGAGGAGACUUCACAUGAGCAGAGCGAAAUUAAAAGCAACUGCAACCACAUCUGAACUUCUUAGUGGAUUCGCAAUGGUGGCAAUGGUGGAACUACAAAUAAAUGAACCGACGGCGGUUCCGGAAUGGCUGUUUGUAAUGUUUGCUGUUUGUACCACUUUCUUGGUAUCAGUGCACAUUUUUGCACUGAUGAUCAGCACGUAUCUUUUACCCAAUAUUGAAGCCAUAAGUAAGCUUCAAGUUUCACGACUCAUAACGGAGUCACCCCACGAGAGGAUGCGCGGUUUCAUCGAAUUAGCUUGGGCAUUUUCCACGAUACUCGGAUUGUUUCUCUUUCUAGUAGAGGUGGCUAUUCUCUGCUGGGUCAAGUUCUGGGACUAUUCCUUUACUGCCGCCACUGCCAGCACAAUAAUAGUCAUUCCCGUACUCAUAGUAUUUGUCGCUUUUGCUGUUCACUUUUAUCACUCUUUAGUAGUUUAUAAAUGUGAAAGUGUGGUAUCAGAUAUGAAGGAUUUGGAGAGCAUAAAAAGGAACUUGGACAACGUGACAAUAGGGCAAACUAAUGUAUAAGUUCAAAAUAAUAAUGCAACUUGUAACACACACACACACA